AUGUGGCGGAAGCCCCGCGCUGAGCGCUGCCGGCGCCGCCGUGGCGUGUCGGCGCCGCCGUGGCGUGUCGGCGCCGCCGUGGCGUGUCGGCGCCGCCGUGGCGUGUCGGCGCCGCCGUGGCGUGUCGGCGCCGCCGUGGCGUGUCGGCGCCGCCGUGGCGUGUCGGCCUGGGAUAGCCGCUGCCUUCGCGGGCCCUCGCGCUCCGCUUGGCCCCCGCCGGCCGCCGUAGGGCGCGGCGCUUCCGGCGGCCGGGCGCAGGACGUGGCCGGGCGUGGCGGAAGUGGCGUCGCGGCCCGGCGGCGGCGGGGCCUGCUGGUGCGCGCGCGCGGGGGGACGCCGAGGCCCGAGAUGGCGGCGCCGGGGCUGCGGCUCCGCGCGGCCGACGCGCUGCUGCUGCUGUGCCUGCCGCUCUGCCUGCCGCCGCGCGCCCGCGCCGACGAGCACGAGCACACGUACAUAGAUAAAGAGGAGGUUGUGUUAUGGAUGAAUACGGUAGGACCCUACCACAACCGCCAAGAAACGUACAAGUACUUCUCUCUUCCGUUCUGUGUGGGAUCAAAAAAAAGCAUCAGCCAUUACCAUGAAACCCUUGGAGAGGCACUUCAAGGAGUCGAGUUGGAGUUCAGUGGUCUGGACAUCAAGUUUAAAGAGGAUGUAAUGCAGACCACUUACUGUGAAAUCGAUUUGGACAAAGGAAGAAGAGACGCGUUUGUGUACGCCAUCAAAAAUCACUAUUGGUACCAGAUGUAUAUCGAUGACUUGCCAAUAUGGGGUAUUGUUGGAGAAGCAGAUGAGAACGGAGAGGAUUAUUACCUUUGGACUUACAAAAAACUAGAGAUCGGGUACAAUGGAAAUAGGAUCGUAGAUGUCAAUCUGACCAGUGAGGGGAAGGUGAAGCUGGUACCAAACACUAAAAUCCAGAUGUCAUAUUCAGUGAAAUGGAAGAAGUCAGAUGUGAAGUUUGAAGACCGAUUUGACAAGUAUCUUGACCCGUCUUUCUUCCAGCACAGAAUUCACUGGUUUUCAAUUUUCAAUUCUUUUAUGAUGGUGAUCUUUCUGGUUGGCCUAGUGUCUAUGAUACUAAUGAGAACUUUGCGAAAGGAUUACGCCAGAUACAGCAAGGAGGAGGAAAUGGAUGACAUGGACCGGGAUCUAGGUGAUGAGUAUGGGUGGAAGCAGGUCCAUGGAGAUGUUUUCAGACCAUCCAGCCAUCCUCUGAUAUUUUCCUCGCUCAUUGGUUCUGGCUGUCAGAUUUUUGCUGUGUCUCUUAUAGUCAUUGUUGUUGCAAUGAUAGAAGAUCUAUACACAGAGAGAGGAUCAAUGCUGAGCACAGCUAUAUUUGUUUAUGCUGCAACUUCGCCAGUGAAUGGAUAUUUUGGAGGAAGCCUUUAUGCUAGACAAGGAGGGAGGCGGUGGAUAAAGCAGAUGUUCAUCGGAGCCUUCCUUAUCCCAGCAAUGGUGUGUGGAACUGCCUUCUUCAUCAACUUCAUUGCCAUCUAUUACCACGCUUCGAGAGCUAUACCCUUUGGAACCAUGGUGGCAGUGUGCUGCAUCUGUUUCUUUGUCAUUCUUCCCCUGAACCUCGUCGGUACGAUCCUGGGCCGGAAUCUGUCGGGACAGCCCAACUUCCCGUGUCGUGUCAACGCGGUGCCUCGGCCCAUACCCGAGAAGAAAUGGUUCAUGGAACCAGCUGUAAUUGUUUGCCUGGGUGGAAUCCUCCCUUUUGGAUCCAUUUUCAUUGAGAUGUAUUUCAUUUUUACUUCUUUCUGGGCCUACAAGAUCUACUACGUGUACGGCUUCAUGAUGCUGGUGCUGGUUAUCCUGUGCAUCGUGACGGUUUGUGUGACCAUCGUGUGCACGUAUUUCCUGCUCAACGCCGAGGACUACAGGUGGCAGUGGACGAGCUUCCUCUCGGCGGCAUCGACUGCGAUUUAUGUUUACAUGUACUCCUUUUACUACUACUUUUUCAAGACAAAGAUGUACGGCUUGUUUCAGACGUCGUUUUACUUUGGUUAUAUGGCAGUAUUUAGUACAGCUUUGGGAAUCAUGUGUGGAGCCAUUGGUUACAUGGGAACAAGUGCCUUUGUCCGUAAAAUCUACACUAAUGUGAAAAUUGACUAAGGAAACGAGAAAACUGAACUCUGGAUCAGCUCCUGUUUUCAGGGGGAUGAACUUGCACAACGACAAGCGAGAGAAGAGAUUUGGGUUGUAACACUGGGCACUGUAAGGGUCUCCAUGUUGUGGAUGGCUUAAAGUAACAUCUAUGUCAUUGAUCCUAGGUUCUUACUGACUGCUUUCUCCAACUGUUCACAGCAAAUGCUUGGAUUAUAUGCAGUAGGCAUUACUACAGUACGUGGCUAAUCUUCCCCCCUCCCCCCCAAAAAAAACCCCAGGCCCGACAGAAAAGACGCCCCUAGCUCGUUACACAUGACCAGACAGCUCUCUUCAGUGAAGAGGACAAGCAGGUUAUUUAAAGCAUUCGUUCCAUUCGGUAAAAAGAGGGAAACUUGGCUGCUAAAACUGCUGGAUGAGUGGCCUUCCUGGUACCCAACCUUCCCGAGCUAGGGAAAGCUGCCGUGCCAGAGAGGUUACUCCUCUGGUGUUUGCUGCCAUUGCCAGGACAGGAGGUGUGUUUUGUACUUUGACUCCAGGUGCUUCUUUUGGUUUCUUUGCGGUAUCAGCGAUAACCCUGCACUCAUUUGUUAACAAAAGAGUAAUUUAAAGAGAGAUUCAUCCCCCCUAUGCAUGUAAUAUAUCAGCUACCGUUCUAGUUGGACCAACUUCCCUUUAUUUAUCUUUAAAGUAAUAUCCAGCUACAUCUUAAAUCCAUCCAAAGAAAACAGAGCCUGAAGACGGGACGUGUUCUCUGCAAUGCAACUCACUGUACAGGUAGAAAGCAAGAUGUUAAAUGAAGAGGAUUGUUUGUUUUUUGAUAAACACGCUGAGGUGUAGAUUAAAACAAAUCCAACGUUUUAA